AUGGCAGACCAAGAACUUGUUAGAAAGACUCUUCGUGACUAUUCAAUGCCAAAUCCUAAUAGUUAUCAAGGGAUCAUUGUGAGACCUCCUAUUCAAGCUAACAAUUUCGAAAUCAAGCCUGCAUUGUUGCAAGUCAUUCAACAGAAUCAAUUUGGAGGUGCAAAUUCAGAAGAUCCUAAUUCUCACUUGGAGAAUUUUCUGGCAAUAUGUGAUACCUUGAAAAUUAAUGGAGUUUCAGAUGAUGCAAUUCGUUUAAGGUUGUUUCCCUUCUCACUACGGGAUAAGGCAAAAGGUUGGCUUCAAUCACAACCUCAAGGGAGUAUUUCUACAUGGGAGGAUAUGGCUACAAAAUUUGUAACUAAACACUUUCCUCCUUCCAAGUCAGCUAAAAUGAGAAACGAGAUUACUACCUUUGUGCAGCAAGAAACUGAAUCCUUAUAUGAGGCAUGGGAAAGAUAUAAGGAGCUAAUGAGGAAAUGUCCACAUCAUGCUCUACCUGAAUGGUUGCAAGUGCAGAUUUUUUAUAAUGGUCUUUCACCCUCUUUUAAAGCAAUUUUGGAUGCAGCAAGUGGAGGAUCAUUCAAUUUCAAAACAACAGAAGAAGCUUUGGAGACUCUUGAGCUAAUGGCAAACAACACAGUGAAUAUGCAGUUUGAUCGUCAAAAUAGAAAAGCUGGAGUGUUGGAGGUUAAUACUUUGGAUGCUAUCCUAGCCCAAAACAAGUUGUUAACACAACAGAUCACUGAUUUGACUCAGAAGUUGGGAAAUAUGCAAGCAAAUAAUGUUAAUACAAUAUCUCCAGUGUGUGACUUUUGUGGAGGAAUGCAUCAGAAUGGUGAAUGUCAGGCCAAUCAACAAGAGGCACAAGUGAAUGUAGUGGGACAACAACAGAAUCAAUUUUCUAACAACUUUAAUGCAAAUUGGAGACCCCAACAAACGAGACCUUGGAGUAAUCCAAUCCAAUCUAACCCGCCAAGGCCUCCAUAUCAAUAUCAAGCUCAACCCAGCAAUCAAGGGAACAAGAUGUCUACGUUGGAAAAUGCAUUAGAGAAGUUAACAAUGCAAACUUCUACCUUUGUGGACCAGACUUCAAAUUUCAUGAAUGAGACAAGGACUAAUUUCAAGAACUAG